AUGUUAGUCAUAAACACUGCUGGCUUAACCGUUGCACCGUUGCUCAUCAGUCACUUCAUGGCCGCCACUCAAUCCAUGAACAAUAGUGCCGGCUUAAUAGCACCAACCCAAUGUUUUCCCGCAAAUCAUAAUCGAACAAACACUCGCUCAUAUGAUGAUAACGACAUAGGUUCCGCAUCCAACGGGGAUUGUCCUCAGAAAGUAUAUUCUUUCGUGGCUCUACCAGGGAGAAACACUAAGAAGAACUAUGGUACUCUCAACCACUUGAAUGCUCAC